CUUCCUUGGUAACAAGCAGCUUGCUUGGAGAUGCCUGGUUAGCAUGUAGCUAAAUGUUACUUCGGAGGAUAUUUUCUGAAAUUUCUUAAUUACUAAUAUAUGAAACAGAGUGCAUGUUUGGCGUUGUGGGUGUAGCGGAAACUAAGCUGUAAAACUAACAUUGUUUUUACAGCUGAUUUAACUAUUUAGCUCCGGAUCCGUUCACCGAACCAUGUCUCCGCUAGCCAAAUGAUUAUUAGCCGUUUGAAUUCACUUCACGUCCUCCUCCUGUGUGGACGUUUGGCUCUCUCGGCCACAGAUGUAGGGGUCACUGACUCUACCAUCUCCAGCCAAACAACUGGGGGCCCUUUCGGUUCACCCACUCCGGCUUACGGUUCACCCACCCCGACUUACGGGGUGGGUGAACAGACCCACCCCGUAAGUCGGGGUGGGUCCUCUGUGGCCCCCAUAACAGAGGGUGUUACGGGGGCUUCCUCUGUGGCCCCCAUAACAGAGGGUGUUACGGGGGCUUCCUCUGUGGCCCCCAUAACAGAGGGUGUUACGGGGGCUUCCUCUGUGGCCCCCGUAAUAGAGGGUGUUACGGGGGCUUCCUCUGUGGCCCCCGUAACAGAGGGUGUUACGGGGGCCACAGAGGAAGCCACUCUUUAUCCCACUUUGGGCACAGAAACUCCGUCUCCUACCACCGUCCGAACUCCGAUGUCAUCACAGGGUGACCCACAGAUUUGUCUCUGUGAUUUAACUCCUGACUUCUGCGACAUCGGCUGCUGCUGUGACACAGCUGAUUGUGAUGUUGCCAACCUAACCACCGUCUUCACCAGCUGCCCAAAAGAAGACGUGAAACAAGUUUGCAUCGAAAAAUGGCUGAUGUUCAGAGCCAACGUGGAUCCAUCACUCGUCACGGUGACGGACACAUUGUUUUGUGUUCAGGCAGCAGCAGCAGCAGCAGAGCCGCCGUCUCUUCCUGCUUUGACUCGGUUUCCAGCGACAGGUGAUGUCUACCAUUUCUCACCUCGAGAACAUCCGAUCCCAGCAUACAGGAGACAUUUUCACCAGGUUGAUGAUCUUAUCCAGACGUGUUGGUACAACUUCUCAGUGCAAGGCUUCCUAAAUCAGCCGGCUCCGGGUGCCGCCUCUUCCUUCUGCUUCAACCGUAACCCUGCAAAGUUUUUGAGAUCUACGUCUCUCUCUUGCGCCCGGAUGGUGACCUCUCAGUCCUGCACCACCGAUCCGGAUCUCAGCUCCAGCUCUUACUAUUUUAACAUGAGUCUCGUAACGGUUCCAACAACUGACACCAUGAAAAUAACAUCAGAUCUUUUGGUCCCUGUUACACCGCUGUCUGACUGGCCUGCACCUGUCAAGCAAAACGGCUUUUGUUUAAAUGUUGUGAAAACGGUACAGUUUUUGGUUUACUACACACCCAAAGGGGAGCUGACGAAUGCAUCCAUCGACUUCACUCUGAUUGACGUUCCUCUUCAGCAGCUGGUGCUCCAGACACACUCUGUAGAAUUUCAACGGGACACACCCAGACCCACUUCUGUGAAACCAAAACCACCUGCAGUUGGACUGAGCGAGGGAUCUGCUGUCAUGGCGCUUAUUGACGGAGAAAUGCAGCCGUUGAAGUCACUUGGCGUGUCAGACGGUGGCAGGUGUUCCUCUGAUCCCGGCAGGCUAUCGUCCAUCCUCUUCACACACAACACCAUCAAUGGCUGCACAUUCAGUUCUGAAACUCAGAAUUGCACUGAGCUGCGUUCACAGAUUUAUGAGAUCUUCCGAGGAUCCACUGCUCCAGAAGAGAUCGCCAUGAACUCGGGCCUCCAACCGAACUGGACGAGAGUUCUGAUACAGGACUGUCAGAUCGAUCCGCAGGAGUCAUGUGAAUCUGGCUGCAACCUUCCUCUCUCUUUCUCCAUCCAAAUUGUUUGGGCUCGUCAGGGAUUCAUCGAGGUUCCUCAGAACCACAUCCUGGGAGCCAAAUUUCUCUUCCGCUGUCAAAAAGUCCAGUGUCCGUUAUCAUCUCCUCUCACCCUGACGGCCAAAGCCACGUUCGUAGAAACCACAGUUUACCCAGAAGCCCCCAGAGGGGUUCCUCAGCCUCACUGGAGGUUUCCGUUCGGCUUCUUUACGCGAGGCGCCGCGGAGCUGGACGGCCAUCUUGAUACGAGCGGCUGCGGCGCUGAGAAGGUCACAUGGAGUUUAAUGGUGUUCCCACUGUUGCUGCUAUCAGAGUUAGGAUUCCUCACGUUACAGAAACUUUGAAAUAACAUAGAAAUUUUUUAAUUG